AUGCCGAAAUAGUUUACCUAUAUAUGGAGGGCCUCAUUGAGGUGGGGCGAUAGUAAGCGGAGGAAACUGAAGCCAAAAAUGAUGCACCGCCUCACCCUUUUGGCCCUGGCUGCCCUGAUCGGAUGUUUUGGAGCUGCGAAUGGGGAGGUUAAUAUCUGCUCCAAUGUGGUCAGCAAUCUCUUCCUGCCGCACGUGAGCAACUGCAGCAAGUACUAUCUGUGUAUGAGUGAAGUGGCUGUGCCCCGGGAGUGUCCUGCCAACUACUACUUCGAUGCCCGGGAUCAGCAGUGCGUGCCCGUAAUGGAGGCCAGAUGUGUGCCCUCUUGUAAGGCCCGGGGUCUCGAGUCCUUCUGCUACGAUCGCACCUGCACCAAGUACGUCCUCUGCUUCGACGGCACUCCCGUGAUCCAACAGUGCUCCGAUGGACUGCAGUACAAUGCCCAGACCGAUCGCUGCGACUAUCCGCAGUUCGUGGACUGUGUGGACAACCUGUGCAUCCGGGAGAAUAACCCGGACAACAUCGUCUACAUAGCCAGCAAGGCGAAGUGUGACAAGUACUACGUGUGUCUGAAUGGUCUGCCCACGGUCCAAAACUGCACCAGAGGUCUGCAGUUCAACCCAACCACCCAGAGUUGCGACUUCCCCUCCAGGGUCAACUGCACGGUGGAGAGCCUUCAGAGGAACAUCCUACCCUUCGCCCGAUCCCCUCCGCGCAGUGCCGACAUUGAGUGUCCCUCGGAGGGCGCUCACUUUGUGGCCCACCAGAAGCGCCACGAUGCGUACUACUACUGUCUGAAUGGACGCGGCGUCAUCCUGGACUGCACUCCCGGUCUGGUCUUCGAUGCCAAGCGCGGGGAGUGCCGGGAGCCCCAGUUCGUAGGCGCAUAGUCCGUUGAAAUAAAGAUCCACUGCUGUCCACACAUGAA